CCAGGUCCUUCUGCUGGGAGCACCUCCCACACCAGCCAGUGGAGACAGCGCCAACGCAGGACACGACCUGCAUCAUCUGCAUGGAGCCUGUGGGUGACAGCAGGUCGUACAGCACCAUGGUGUGCCCAUCCUGCCAACACGCCUGGUUCCACCGGGCCUGCAUCCAAGUAGGAGCCCUCCCCUUCCCUCAUCCCGUGGGCACCGCAGGCGCUCAGCAGCACCAGGCCCGGCUCACGCUCACACUGCUUGUGUUUCUGCUGCAGGGAAUGGCCAAGAGUGCUGGGCUGCGCUGCUUCCAGUGCCCGCUCUGCCGUGACAGAGAGAGGUUUAUUCAAGAAAUGAUCAACCUGGGGAUCCACAUCCCAGUCCGAAAACCAAAGUGGGAGACCAACCGUGCCUACGCAUCCCUGGGAGUUCGGCACCGGCACUGUGAUGCCAGCAACUGCCUUUACCCACAAGGCAGGGAGCAGGCAGAGAGAGAGGGGCCCUGGCAGCUGCUCCUCUGCUGCUCCUGUGCUGCACAAGGGACCCAUCGCUGCUGCUCCAACCUGGGCCAGAGCACCACCACCUGGGAGUGCAACGCCUGUGCUGGAGAGGGCACCGCCUCCAGCACCAUUGUGGACAGCGCUGGCCCCAACACCACCAGCCAGCAGGGACUGGAGCCAGCCCGAGUCUCUGCGGGACAGGAGAGCAGCAGCUCCGGCACCACCAGCCAGGCACCAUCGGGGCCAGACUGCAGAUCCCGGGUGCCUGAGCUGCUCUCCCAGCAGCCAGGGCGGGCCCGGACCCGAAGCCGCUCGCCUCACGACCAUCGGGCUGCAGAGACCCGCAGCCAGCCCCAGAGACGCCGCAGGAGCCGCUCCAGGCGGCGAGGGCCAGCCCAGGGCCGAAGCCGCUCCCGGGUACCACGACGGGCCCGUUACUUUAACAGCCAGCCCCAGUGAUGCCACGGCAGCAGCUGUGUGCAACACCACAUGCUGGCCAUCACAAUAAAUCCUGAGUCCAUCACAAUAAAACACAGUUCCAUCAUGCCACUG